AUGCUUGGUCAUCUACCUUGGCUCGUUCUGUUUCUUCAAUUUGUAGAAUUGACAGCACUUAGCAAACAAUGUCGCGAACUCCUCUCUUGCUCGAUCAAAAAAGGAUGCGUGAAUCUUCCUUGGUUAGUAGAGAAAAUGCAAGAUGCCGAGAUUUCCGAAGAAAUGUACAACAAUGUUGACAAGGCAAUUGAUUACUUGUGUAUUUUCUCAACUGGUUGUGCUCGAGAAUGUACAGCUUGCUCUCUCUGUCAUUCUUCUAAACUACAAUUAGUCGAGGUGCUGACCGGAUCAAAAAAGGAUGGAGAACAAUGCAGUGAUUUGAUAAAAUGUGCGUCAGAAUGUGUAUCAGAUGCUCCUACAAAUAUCUCAGCUAUCAACAGAUGUCUUCGCCAUUCAUGUGCCUAUCAGUGUUUCAACGGAUCUUGUCCAAAAUGUAAUGCUUUUAUAGUGAAGGUGUUCAACCAAAUGUGUAUAUCAGGUGAUUUUCGAGGGCGAGUGAAGGGGUUCAAGGGCCAAUGCGCCGACAUGUUCCGCGAGAUGGUGCGAGCGAAAUUUCGAAAACAAUUCGAAGAACAAGAACAAGCUCAUAGGAGCUAAAGGGACGUUUUCUGUGCUUUAGAUUUCUCUUUCCACCACAGCUUGCCAUAAUCAAAUGUGUGAAUAGAAUUUUUAUCUCACCAAAAUUCAGGGAUUUCACUGAAAAUGUUAUCUCUGUUGUAUUCAUAUGAAGCAAUGACGAUUUAACAAGAGAGACCCUUCUUAUUGUUCAAAUUUUGUACUUAAGAUAAAA